UUCUUUUACUUAUUUUCAAAUUGUCCUUAAACCAAUAUCUCUUUCUCACAGCCGUGUAGGAUGACCAAAACCUCUGCUCUAGCGUGACACCGGCUAAGAGCACGUGUGUACCCUUCAGUCCGAUUUAAACAGAUGUCGCGUUGCAUACCGGAGGUCAAGCAUCUGAAUUACAAACAGGUUGUCUGGCUGUAUGGUGACAGAUGAAGGCUGUUGUUAUGUGUCUUCAGCACUGACUUCAAACUCCUCAUGCUUGAGAGAGCUGGAUCUAAGCUAUAAUCACCCUGGAGAUUCAGGAGUCAAGUUGAUCUCUGAAAAACUGGAGGAUCCAAACUGCUCACUGGACAAAUUCAAUGUGGAUCAUGGAGGAGAAUCCAGGAUUACAGCAGGACUACAGAAAUAUGCCUGUUUUCUCACACUGGAUGCAAACACAGCACACACUGAUCUCAGUCUGUCUGAGGAGAACAGAAAGGUGACACAUGUGAAAGAGAAACAGCUGUAUCCUGAUCAUCCAGACAGAUUUGAUGAUGUGUGUCAGGUGUUGUGUAGAGAGAGUGUGUGUGGACGCUGUUACUGGGAGAUUGAGUGGAGUGGACAUUUGUCUAUAUCAGUGUCAUAUAAGAGCAUCAACAGAAAGGGAGCGGGUGAUGAGUGUGUGUUUGGAAAUAAUGAUCAGUCCUGGUGUUUGGACUGCUCCCCUGACAGAUACUCAUUUAUACACAAUAAGAUAAAGACUCGUCUCCAUGUAGAGUCCAUCAGCAGUAGAAUAGGAGUGUAUGUGGAUCACAGCGCAGGAACUCUGUCCUUCUACAGCGUCUCUCACACAAUGAGCCUCAUCCACACAGUCCAGACCACAUUCACUCAGCCCCCAGUUGUGAACAAGCCUCCGAGAAGUGUCCUAGUGCGGUUUCUCCGAUACUCUCAGAAAGAAGUGGUACUCAAGGCAGCUUUAAAGAAACGCGACAUCCUCUACAAUGGCUCCAGAUUACGGUUUUAUUCUGACCUGUCGGCGGAGGUUUUGCGCAAACAUCAUGAGUUUGACUGUGUUGGGAAAUCGAUGGCCCGCCGCAAUAUGUACCGUGGCUUUGCUCAUCAAGCACGGCUCCGUUGUCUUCAUAACAGGCAGAUUCGACUCUUCGACAGCCCUGGGUCAGCUGCCGCUUUUUUGGAAACUCUUAAUUGA